CUUUUGUUGAUACUCUGGAUUAGUUAUCACGGACGAAAUGCCAUGAGUCUUUAGCAAUGUAUGUGGAGAAGACUCUCGUCCAUCUAAAACAGAACGACCUGGAAGAGUUAAAGACAGUGUAAGUAAGUGAGCCAAAUCGUCUGCAUACCAGCAAACAUUUCCUGAUUCACCAAACAAGGCGGUGAAACUAACGGAAUUCCGUGGAGUCUCGCAAUCACCGCUUUUAGACCGAUCUCAGACGACGUCUGGACCGAUCUCUGAGCUGAAGGUCUUAUUUGGAAGUAAGUUGCUGCUUAUCUUUCUCUCGACUAGUGACGUUCGAUAUGUUUGACAGUCCAUCGGAUUUUAAUUGUUUUCAUAUUCAUUCGUUUUGUUUUCUCGAGUGGGAGCAUGAAAUACUUUUAGAGCUCAACAAGCGCGAAGCGAAGCGGGCAGAAAUAAAAUCGCGGUGAUUCUGCAUUUUAAAAAGUAAACACAACCUUGAUCUGUUCAAAUUCUUAGCGAAUUUUAACGGCAAAACGUAAUAAUAAUAGCAUUAUAUUUUUGCAUGAAGGCAAUCUUAUCGGAAAUGAAUGUUGACAUAACUAUUUUGGAAUGGUGUUUGAGUUAGCGAUUGACGUUUCGUGUCAAUUAGUAACUACCUACGUCAUACAAAUUCGCUAUACGAAUGACUUCAAAACGUUCCUGUGCUUGAAGCGAAAGCAAUCGAAUUCAGUUCGUCGAUUGUCGUUAUAAUCAAUAUUUAAAAAUCAGAGGUUGUUUUGAAGUUCAAAAGUCUAACACCGACCCCAAAAUGCAGCGUCCGGUGAAAGGUAACACAAUGUUUAGUUUGUAAAGGUGUCAGUUUGAACUGAAAUUUACCUGCGAAAUUUACAUAACUUGUACACUGCGUGUAUCAGUUGACUGUGAAAUAAGUUGUUUCAAAGAAUCGGCUUUUCCUAUUAGCAACUUUUACUUCGAUAUUUGCUCGCGUAAUACUUUUGUAGUCAAACUUAAAAUUGUAUUUCCAGCGUUGACACUUUGGAAGCAAUAUCGAUCUGAACACCUCGGUUCACUGAACAUUGACCGCGAUGAGCUUUCUAUCGCGGUUAAUUUCAUCAAAAUCUUAACCUUUCUGGCGAAAGAUUGAUGCCCGUUAAAACGAAAUAUCAAUCCAAAACGAUUCGGUUUGUGUCCUCUACAAAUCAAGUAAAUGAUUUCCCCCUUCACAACUAAUGACCGCACGACCCGCAUCUGUAAUAUUAAGCUCAUUUAACUCAUAAUGUCGUUAUUAAACUGUUUCUUUAAUCUAUUUUCUCUCUAAUAUGUAGAGUUAUCAUUCUAACUAAUAAUUCGUCAGCGACUGAUAAAUUGUCUGAAGAAACUUGUUCCUGUCUAUUUACUUUUUAAAUGUACUUUAUUGACAGUCGCCACGAGCUAGCAGAUAUUUGCAUUUCUUGUCGUCUCGAUGCAUAAAUCAGUCGUGAAAACUCGCUAAAGUUAUUUUUAUCACGGAAAAAAAGUAAAGGCAGUUUUAAAAUGUGAAGUAGUAAGGUAUCGGCUUAAUCUUAAGAAAUGGGUAUAAUUUUGGAAGCCGUAGGGGUGCUUUCUAAACAAACAGAACCAUCGCUCAAUAUCUCUCGGGCUUGAAUUUUUAUUGCUCAAGGUGCCCGCACAGUAGCGGCGGGCGGGGGGAAGGUAAUGGGGUUAAAUUGUCACAGGGUCUUCACGAAUUUAGUAACUUAAGCAUUUUCAGUUCUCCACAACCGCAAGUCCUGUCGUAAACAAUUCCACCGAAAAAAUGUGUUUUGGUAAUUGACAAUUUUUUUUUAUGUCGUUUUGCUGCAGAUCGAAUCGCAUUUGGGCAGCCAUGUUUCGAUUCCUGUUCAGUAAAAGAGGAAAAGGGAACAUCUCUCAACCAAUAGAAACACACCGAACCACGGAAAACUUUGAUAUGCCAUCUACUAGAACGUUCAAGGUCUUACGACCUGUUUUUCUCGUGUCUGUCUUCACGGGGUACUCGCAUAAAAAUUAUCGUAUUCAAGGAGUUCUUGGUGGCUUUCUGUGGCUCGCUAUGCUCCUUGCUCAUGCAACACUGGACUUUCUUGCUGCCCGUCAAGUCUAUACGUACGGAUGGGCUUCGGUGUCUUUGAGUCUCUUUCUAGUGUGUUUUAUAUGCACAAUUUUUAACAACAAAAAAAUGUUACCUUGGCUUGAAAAGGGAUUGUCACUGCUAGAGGAAGAUAAGAGAUAUCCCAAAACAAUGGAAAAAUGCCAGAAAGUUUUUAAGGUAGGCAUUGUUGAAGUGUUGGACUCUUGAGGUGAUCAAUAGCUCAACCAGGUCCUCAAAGCUUUUUUUUCUCACAUAUAUAAAAGAAAAAGCUUCCUGGGUUAUGUAGCGAUAGCAUCUUCUUGUUAGAGGGACUAAUCUUGCUAUUUACUCAUAGGAAUCAUUUAAGCCUGGGGUACUGAGAUUUAUGAUGACGCGAUCCUUUAUGUUUCAUUCCGGCAACCGGAGAGGAUUGUAGCCUGUUAACCAGGAUUUCUUAUGUGAAAACGAGAACUUGGUGACCGGCCAGCCCGCUAUAUGAUUACUUGCCGGUGUUUCCAAUAUGUGAGGACAAUUUUCAUGCCCUUCAGGAAAAUUAAACACGUGAAAUUGUCAGGACCAACAAUCAUCGGCAAAAUUGAUGACACAUUGACCUUUCCAACCCCCUACUACUUCAGUUUUAUCUCUUUACCCUUGAUAAGUUAGACUAUUGGCCCCCCACCCCCCCCCCAAAAAAAAGAAAGAAAAAACAAUGUUGUUUCGUGAUUCAUGAACCUUUAGCUACAGACAGGCGUCAUUGAGUGAACGGCCUGAAAUUCUGUGUAAUUUUUCUCACAGUGGAUACCGCUGUUUACCCUGGCAUUUGGAUUGUUCUGUGGAGCUGGUAUCUUCGCCUGCCUUCAUUUUGACGAGACGUUGGACGUCAAAAUAAACCUCGACGGAGCGAGAUCUGAGUUCCCGGACUACGUGCUCGUCACUCUGAAAGUGGUUCGAUUCUUGGCAGCUUGUUACGUCAUGUUUGCUUUAGCGCUGUUUUGGACCGUCACAGUAUGUGUCAUGCACAUAACUGGUUACUCUAUGACGGAGUUUCACGGUGGGUAGUACUUUAGUCUUUGUUUUUCUUCUUUACUGCAUUGCGCAUCCAUGCUAAACGUUAUUCCUCGUCCAAUCUCGAACCCAAAGCUCUUCCCUAUUGCGCGUACAUACGCAACCCAAGGAUGUUUUGCGCAAUUUUGGCGCGCGCACAAAGUACUAAGCGGCAGAAUUUACCUCGAGACUGGAUCUAGGCAGAAAAGUGAAUUGUCAUCCUCUAUGUACGGUGAUUAUUUUUCUUUUUAAACUCAACAAUAACUUAUCUCUGAACAUAAACUUAGAACAAGUUUAGUUCUCUAUUUCUGAUGGGAACAAUUUAAUAUGAAGUGUUAUGCGCUGUUGUUCCUGGGAAGAACUUUACCUCGUCAGCGUUUUUGACAUGCAGCGACAGACUUUAUCUCUUUUAACCCUUAGAGGAGAUAACCAAGCACCUGGUCGACAGGGACUCACCAAUCACAUUCAGACAAGGAGUAGUAUCGUUCUCAGAGAGGGGAAGAUUUGUGAGAAAAUCUGCGUCUGCGUGCAGGGUAAGAUAGAAAACCCAUUGAAAGUGUUUCGUAAAACUAACACUGUUGUUGUCUCACGUACAAUCAGACCACAUAUAUCAUAUCACAAGAACCUGUUGAGAACUCCAAGAAUAAACUAACAACACAGGACUUAACCAGGGCCUGAAAAAUGCAAAAAAGCGGAAUGACCAAGUUGCAAUGGGUUUUGUGUUACAUUUGAUUGGUUGGCAUAGUGUUACAAGUGUCCAUAACAAAUGACAGAGCGUAGUAAAGCAAAGCCAAAAGAUAAGUUUCGGUACCUGAAAAUUCAUUAAAUAUCAGUGCGAGAUGGUGCUCACAAGGCUAGUGUAAGUGAUUGGCGUGUUUGCCAUGUGUUGUUGUCUGACAGGUAAAGCUCCUUGCAAUUCCCAAUCUAUUGUAUUUACGAAAUUCAUGCUGCUUAGUCAAGGCCCUGGGAAACAAAUGCACCAGGUUCCCACACACUGUUGAACAUAACUAUUAUAUAAAAACUGUGGCUGUUACCAAAGUAUAAAACGUGAGAAAGAUUUUCCAAAGGGGAGGGGGUGUUCAACUGGAAAUUGGCGGCAUGUUAAAUUGUUUUAUUACUUUGAUUUAAAACUUUUUAUUGACAAUUACUUCCUUGCACUCUAAGUACAGCACGGGGCACCACCAUCAUAUUAAGUCGCUUUUUUCGCGAAAUGUGGCGUCUUCCUUGAGAAUGGGCCGACUGCAUUAGUAAGGAAAUAUAAGCAAUUUUUAUAGACUUAAGAAUAACUUGUUGAAUUUCUCUCUUGCCCCGCAGGUUACGCUGGCUGUUCUUUUGGUGUACAGCAUCGCAUCCCUUGCAGUGAAUGCAUUUCUGUUUUUGUACAAGCAGCGACACAUAGUGUUCGCUUUCUAUGCGUUGCUUCCCAGUGUCGUCGCUGUCUACCCUCUGUGCAUGGCUGCUUGGGUAACAAAACAAUACUCAUGGUAUGCAAAACAGUUUAGUAAGAGUUAGGGAAAUACAGUCGCUGUAUACACUUCGUGUAGGCCACUUCGUGAAUUAUCUGGCUGCCACACUGGAUUUUUUAAGCAGAGGAGGGUUGGAGAGAGAAAUACCAUUAUUUCUGCAAAGCUUGUCUGCCUUUAAAAGUAUAGAUCGUUGAAUUGCUUAGGAAGCCUUAAGAAGCCUAAUUACGAGCAAGGUGUGCGGUGAGGGUGAAAUAAGCUGAGCUAAAUGGCUUUGUUGAACAAGGCGUAACUGAGCCGAAAUGGGAUUCCUAAAUCAUUUUUGCAACAAGUUACUCGGGAUUUGAUUUCAAUUGAAUUUUGUUGGGAUGUUUUUCUAGGUAUCUCGCGGUGGUGGUGAAAGCCUGGGCCGAGAGACCCGAAAGCAGUUCCGAAGAGGAAGAAAACGAGCGUGACGCUCCGAGACAAAAAGAAAAGCUGGGUCAAAAGCGAGGGCGAAGUCUGUGGAGAAGAGUACACAGCGCAAAGAAAACCGCUCGCAAAGAGAACCUCCUCCCACUCAAGAAGACGAAUUCUAACCCUCUGGCUAGUGAAGUCAAGUCUGGAGUGGAAGAGAUAUCAACUAAGCAGAGCUACGUCGGAGAAUCUCUCCUUCGUCCGCAGGUCACUGUAAGUGAUCCGGAACUCUCCGAGGACGAUCGGCUACAAAAUAACAGCCAUUCGGACGACGACCAGCUUAAACCGAAGGAACCCGACGGCAGUGAAACUCCGAAGAGAUCCCGACGCGAGGUUUUGGAUAUGGUUCUUCGAGGAGCCGCAAGAGCUGUCGGAAAACUUAAACACAACGUCAAGAAACCUAAGUUUAAUUUCGAGAAAUACAUCUCUUAUCUUCAGAACGUUCUACCCAAUAUUGGUUUUGACAUUAUGGGAAUCAUUGUCACCUGGAAUAUGGUGUCCGCCAUCAUAUUUCUCGAGGUGUCCGUUCUUGCGCUUUUUGUUCAAGAAUCGAUUUUCGGCAAUUCCAAAGCGACAGUUGCAUUGUAGAGAUACUGAUGUGCUACAGAUACAAUGAAAAAUAUAGGCUCUGUACCAUUUGAACUUUUAAAAGAUUUAUGUCCCAGCACGGUGUUUGUGCUUAAAUACUCGACCAAAAGUAAAAGUUGGGAUUCAAUCGUUGGAUAUGAUAAAGUGCGUUUGAUGGCACACUGACUCGGGAUUGUAUCAAUACACCAACGUUACAUAUAAAUGUAUAAAUGAUGGUCAAUUGUUAUCUUGAUAAACACAAAUCAACCAGUUGAAGAGGCCUCGGGCCGAGUCUUGGUAACGUUGUGAAUCUACUUUUGUUGCUAUCGUAGUCGAGCAGAUUUGAGCCGUCGAAUUCAUAUCAGUUUACCUGGCAUCGUUUUUGUAUCUACUUGCACAAGCCUUGUAAGAAUAAAGUUCAUACCACAACCAACAGCUUUCAGCUUUCAAUAUAAAUGCAUAGUUAGGAGAUACGCUAGUAUAUAAAUUGUUAAAGUCGAAUGUGAAGUGUAAUCAUGCGAGUGGAGGUAGUCACUCGUUUGUAACUUGUCAGAUACGAUUCUUCAGUCAAGCAAAGUCGUUUUAAAUUAAAUAUUAAAUUAUUUAAGUCGUUGCUUUGGUUCUAGUAGAUAUGGGCAGAACAACAGUUUGUUGUGAUUUUAUAAAAUAACUACAAUAAAUCUAUACUAAACUUAGGGAAUGUAUGAACUUACAAAAAAGAAAAUGUUCGUUCUUUCGCUGUCUGUUAACGAGGGAGACAGGGAGUAAGUUUCUAAAGAAGCUGUAUAAUUCGGUUUUAAUCAACUGAAUUGAUAUUGUACCUUGGCCACCGUAGAGAAUUUCUAAGGCUUACGU